GUUUUUGCCAUUGGGUUCUCGUAGAGCACAUAGCAAACAUUCUACUAUGGCUGUGAGUACCUUCUUCUUGCUCCCUCUCUCGCUCAUCAUCUUCCAUGCAUUUCAUUCGCAUAACCGCAUCUCCAUAAUUGAGCUAUACCAGUUAAUCCCAAGCCUUUUUUGAAUAAUUUGACCGGGAAACCAGUAAUUGUGAAACUCAAGUGGGGAAUGGAGUACAAGGGGUAUCUCGUUUCUGUUGAUUCGUAUAUGAACUUGCAGCUAGCAAACACUGAGGAGUAUAUUGAGGGACAGUUUACUGGAAAUUUGGGAGAAAUUUUAAUCAGAUGUAACAAUGUUCUCUACCUUCGAGGAGUCCCAGAGGAUGAAGAAAUCGAAGAUGCCGCAGAAGACUAGAUUGGUCGAAAUUACUAAUUGUAAUGACAAACUGAACUAACAUUCGUUACCUGCUUUUGUAUCUUGGGUGUAUGUUUUUGUAGUUAUGUUUUGAAUCAAUGAUGACACCCUCGUGAAUAUUGGGAUGCCUAUGUGAAAGUUGUUAGCAAUCCUUCAUGUGAUCCUACAAAAAUCUGUUUCUGCA